AAUAAUGGAGGGAACCAUUUCCCGCCAUUUUACAUUUCUUAUUGAAACGGCGAAACCCCUGAAUUCUCUUAGCUCCUGCUUUUCUCUGUUCUUUUUGUUCCGGUGAAUUUUUCAGAUCCGGCUAUUGAACUGUAACUAAUUCUGCACAUGGAAAUCGUCGGAUCCCGCCGGAAAUCGUCGCUUUCCUCCGCAGGCGACGCUUUUCCGACCCUCCCGCUCUACCGAUCCGCGCCUGUACUUGAAGUCCGACUCGAAGACUUUGAGCUUUACGCUAUUCAUCGCCUUCGAGUUCUCAAAGGGAUUUCAGAUGGACUAUCCCGCGGCAAGAAACCCAACGAGAUGGAAAAUCUGAUAAAGGAUUUAUGGAAGGUAAACAUGAUGCAUUCUGAAGCAGCUGAGGUCAUCAACAAGGACAUCAUUUCCCAUUUUGUUUUACGCCUCGUCUACUGCAGAGAGGAAGAAUUAAGGAGAUGGUUUCUUUCGAUGGAGACUACACUGUUUCGCUAUCGUUUUCAACUCGAAACUCCUGAAGCCCAGAGGGCAUUACUGGCAGAGUUUGACUUGCCUUAUAAAGCUAUAAACAAUGCGGAAUACGAGACUGUGAAAGACAAACUGAACCAAGUAGUACGCUCCACCGGUCAAUCUCUAUCCAGUGCUGAUACCGUAUACUACAAGGUUCCUUUCGAACAAGUUCCGGAACUAGUAGCAACUCGACGAGUAUAUAUCCUGAAGGGGUAUGCGUACGUUGCAAUGAACCAGGUUAAUUCCCUCCUCGUGACACAAUAUCGCAGCAAUCUUUCAAAAGCACUAGUGUUGACAAACAGAAAAUGGACGUCCAUGAUCAGAGAGCAAGAGAAGGACCGCCUCACUCCUAUUGUUGAAGCCCUAUCAGUAAGCUAUUUAGGUCCUGACUAUAGCCAGUCAAAAGAAUAUGGAGAGAUAUCAUUGAAAGACAUCGAUCAAGUUGCCAAAAAAUCAUUCCCUCUCUGCAUGCGCCAUUUGUUUGGGAAGCUUAAGGAGGACCAUCACUUGAAGCAUGGAGGCCGGAUGCAACUGGGUCUCUUCCUCAAGGGUGUUGGACUCAAUCUGGAUGAUGCCCUUGCAUUCUGGAAAGCAGAAUUCUCGAGAAAGGUUGGUGCUGAAAGAUUCGAUAAGGAAUAUGCAUACGGCAUACGACACAAUUAUGGAAAAGAAGGGAAGAGGACGGAUUAUACACCCUAUUCAUGUCAAAAGAUAAUAACAUCAACACCAGGUGUAGGAGACCAUCACGGCUGUCCUUAUCGUCAUUUCAGUGAGGAUAAUCUGAGAGCAGCGCUUAGUACAAUGGGAGUAGGCAAUCGAGCAGUCGAGGAUGUCAUGGAUAAAGUCCGGAAUAGACAUUAUCAGUUGGCGUGCACCUUGACAUUCGAAGCUAUUCACGGCGCAUCUUGUGAUGAAGGAAUUAAUCAUCCAAAUCAGUACUAUAAUGACAGCAAAAAAGUGCUGGAAUCAAGGAAUAAUUCAAAGGGCACUUAGGAAGUUUAUUUGGCAUCAGAAGAAUCGCUUCAGCUGGCUAACCAAAAUUACGUGCAAGUGUUCAAAUCUCGAAUAUUUACAUGUCUGCCCUAGUUACAUUAUCUCAAAACUUGUCUGAGAAAAAGGAUAGGAUUUCUUGUAAUUAUUUAUAAACUCAGGCCAGUCAUCGGUUGAUCUAUGGUCAUCAUGCACAUAUGUCCAUCAGCCUGGUGUACGACGACGAGUAUUACAAGUAAUGUAUUAUUGCCAGAAUUUGACAUUUUUUUUUUUGUUGCCGAAUAUUUUGUUUCCGAGGGCAACACCUAAUCGCACCGUUUCAUGUAAUAUUUAACAGCCAAAACGUA